AUGGCUCUCAAUUGGAUUUGUGUAACGCUGGCACUGUUCCUCUGUCUGUCCUCCUGCAUCCAGGCAGCUCCUUCGGGAGAGAACUGGAGCCAGUUUGGAGUACUGGAGCGAACUCUCAAGGAACUGGCCACCACUGUACUAGCCAUGAGUGGUGCUGGAGUCAGAGCUGGUGGUGAUGCAGCAGAUAGCUUUGAUGAAGUGGAUAUGGAUGUCCUGGGGAGCGAGGCUGCAGCUGCUUUAGAAGAUCUAAAUGAGUUUCACAUAUGAGGAAACCAUGUUUAGCAGCCUUGCAGUGCAUUGAACUUGUAUUAGCAAUAAAUUUUUUUUUUAA